GGAAAUUCAGAAAGGAUUUCAGAUCUGCAGACUUGAGAUUUGAAUUCAGUGUAUGCUGUCAAAACUUUGGAGACUUCAGCAGAAUAUAAACCAUGGGAGACUGGGGUUUUCUCUCCAAGUUACUUGACAAAGUGCAGUCGCACUCCACAAACAUCGGGAAGGUGUGGCUGACGGUGCUUUUAAUCUUCCGCAUCAUGGUGCUUGGCGCAGGAAUUGAUAAAGUCUGGGGUGAUGAGCAGUCCAGCAUGGUGUGCAACAUUAUCACACCUGGCUGCAAGAAUGUGUGCUAUGACCACAAUUUCCCGAUCUCUCACAGUCGCUUCUGGGUUCUCCAGAUCAUCUUUGUGAGCCUACCAACACUGGUGUACCUGGGCUAUGUCCUGCAUGUGAUCCACAAAGAAGACAAACUGAGGCUGAUAUAUGCUGAGAAGCGAGGAACCAAACUCCCCAAAUACACAGAUGCCACAGGAAAGCUUCAGUACAAAGGGAACCUCCUGCGCAUCUACAUUACUUGCAUAUUAAUGACCAUUUUGUUUGAAGCAGGCUUCAUCGGUGGUCAGUACUACUUGUACGGCUUUGUGAUGAAACCUAGGCUUAUGUGCAAAGAGAAACCAUGUCCUCUUCCCAUCGAGUGCUUCAUGUCGCGUCCAACCGAGAAGACCAUCUUCAGCAUAUUCAUGCUGGUAGUAGCGUGUAUCUCAUUGUUACUGAAUAUAGCAGAGAUUUUUUAUCUGAUCUGUCGGGCUUCCAGGUAUAAACAGCAUCAAGAUAAAUACGUUACUAAAGAAACACAUUGCUGAAAUCGAAUUAAAAGCAAUCUGGAUUUGCAGGAAAUGACUUAAAACGCACUACUUGGAGAACUAAGGGUGAGACAACACCAAGACAAUAAUAAUAAUAAUAAUAAUAAUAAUAAUAAUAGGCUAACUACUUGAUAUUGCAAAGUGCCAUGAUCUAUUAAAAAAAAAUCCAAGAUACUGCACUGCAUAGUUAUAGUACUUUUAAAAAAAAAAUCAUACUGUCACACCUUUUAAGGAUAACAACACAACAUACUCUGGUGCAACACCUGAAAAGGUCAAUCGUCAAUCAUUUUUAAGUCUAAGACCCUUCUCCUUAUUCUUCGUAAUGAUGGGAAUUCUGAUUCUUUUCAGUGAGUCGAAUUAUUUGUGUCAAGCAAUACUAAUCGAUUCUUUCGACUCCUAAACAGCUUAUUUUCUAAAGUGGACAAAGUUGAGUUGCAUGUUUAUAAAAUAUAUUAAAUAGUGAUAUAAUUACUGAUACUGAUAGACUUUCCUACUACACUUGACGACAUACAAUAUAUCUUCAUCAUACAGCACUGGGAGUUGAACACACAGCUUGUUGCACACUAAUGAACCAACUCAGAUAUUGAAAAGAAGUUUCCAUGGAAGAAUUUUGAUUUAAUUAGAUUUCAUGAUCAUUAUUAUUUAUACCUGCACAAAGAAAAAUAAUGGCUCAGAUAAGUGGCUCUCAAAAUUCACUUAAGAGUGUCGAAUCAAAGAGUUGACUCAUGGAUAAAGGACACCUCUAAUUACUAAUGAAAGUAAUCCUAAUUUUGUUAUAUGUUCUAUUCUAGUCACUACUGUUGAUAUUUUUGUUUUUUUUUAUAUAGUGUUGCUGCUUUCUUGACAUUUACUGAUGUAGAUCAGGAGAAAACAAUGCAUUAUACAUCCAUCUGAGAGUGUUGUAGAAUAAUGAAAUGUACUGUAACUUCAUACCUUUUGUCAAAAUAAUAGUUUAUUUGUUUUUAAAUAAAUAAAAUAAAAACUUUCAACUUCAA